AUGAUUUUCCGGCUACUACUGACUUCGCUACUCUGUGCCGCCGUCAAAUCCAGCCUUUCCAAUGGCUUCUACAAGUUUGUCUCCGCCAAAUUUGGCGCAGAUUUCGCGGAGAAAUUGGCGAGGAAAGAGCUGGGAGAGAAGGGAAGCUUCGGUGGAGGCGCUGCGACGGAGCCAACCAGGCAAAAGUAAGCGAUUAUGGAGCGGUAAAAGUGGCUCCAAUUUACAGGGCAAGUACGCCAAGUGCGACGGUCAGAUUUUCUUGAAAUUUUUACUACAUUUCGGGCAUAGGCUACAUAUCAAUCUCUGAAAAUUUUAGCUCGCGCUUUGCAGGGAGAGCUGAGAUAUUCAACGAUCUUUGAAGCCGAGAGAGCACGCGGAGCGCGGAGAGCGAUAAGAGGAAAAUGUUUUUUGGCCGUAUCUUUGCCAGAUUCGUGCGGAAAAAUUAAUUUCUUUCUUGGAAAUAUUACCCUCUGCGGUAAAGAGCCAUGAAACUUUUCAUACCAAAAUUCGCAUAACAGUGUCACAAUUUUUCAAACGUUUGGUUAGUCCUAUGCAGGAGCACUAACCGAAGAGGGCACCCCGCUUCGCCGAGGUGCCCUCUUAGUUAGAGGUGCCCUCUUCGCCGAGGUGCCCUCUUAGUUAGAAGUGCCCUCUUCGCCGAGGUGCCCUCUUAGUUAGAGGUGCCCUCUUCGCCGAGGUGCCCUCUUCACCGAGGUGCUCUCUUCGCUGAGGUGCCCUCUUCGCCGAGGUGCCCUCUUCGCCUAGGGGCCCUCUUCGCCUAGGGGCCCUCUUCGCCUAGGUGCCCUCUUCGCUGAGGUGCCCUCUUCGCUGAGGUGCCCUCUUCGCUGAGGGGCCCUCUUCGCUGAGGUGCCCUCUUUGCCGAGGUGCCCUCUUCGCCUCGGUGCCCUCUUCGUUGAGGUGCUCCCUUCGCUGAGGUGCCCUCUUCGCCGAGGUGCCCUCUUAGUUAGAAGUGCCCUCUUCGCCGAGGUGCCCUCUUAGUUAGAGGUGCCCUCUUCGCCGAGGUGCCCUCUUCACCGAGGUGCUAUCUUCGUCGAGGUGCCCUCUUCGCCGAGGUGCCCUCUUCGCUGAGGUGCUUUCUGCGCCGAGGUGCUCUGAUCGUUAGGUGCCCUAUUCGUUAAGUGCCCUCUUCGCCGAGGUGCUUUCUGCGCCGAGGUGCUCUCUUCGCCGAAGGACCCUCUUUCAACCAAAUCACUAAAAUCCCGCCCCUUUCCAGGAACGUCCCGAUUGUCUUCAUUCAUGGGCAAACUCGGCGAGCCGGCGACCUCAAAUACAUCCUGCAGAACUUCCUCGACAAUGGCUACACGUUCGAAGAGCUGUACGGAGCCACUUACGGGACAAAUGUGACUGACGACAAUUCGCUGCAGGAUAAGCUGUAUUGCGAAUAUGUGCUGCAAACGCGGAGGAUGUUGGACGCAGUCAGCGCUUACACCAAACAUGAGCAAAUCGAUGUGAUUGCGUUCUCUUUGGGAGGGGCAAUCAGCAGAAAGGUAUGUGUUAAUAAACUUCCAGACAACGAAACCUCUCUAUAACGAACAAUUUCUGAGCCCACAAAAGCCAAUUUUAACCGGUGAAGAGGCCUCCAAAGAGGUCAAAGAGGCCAACCUUUUUUUAUUUUAACGAAAAAUCCGUAGAGGCCCCUCAAACGUGAAAAAAAAAUUUGCAAAAUGAACAAAUAGGGUGCGACAUGUUAUACGAUAAAAUUUUUUUCGAAUUUUAUUUGUUGGUUAUAAGAAAUUGGAGUAAUAAUACGAUGAGAAUUUAGUGCAGGCGACAUGUUAUACAUGUCACAUCCUAUUUUUCAUUUGCAAAAAUUUUCUCAUCGUAUAUCAUGUUAUCUUGAAAUUUUUUUUAAAAAUGCGGUCCCUUCGGUUGGGGGCCUCUUCGGAUGGGGGCCUCUUCGAAUGGGGGGGGUCUCUUUGUUCUGGGGGCCAUUUGUUUUGGGGACCUUUUCUCUAUUUGGGGGUCUCUUCAUUUUGAGGACUUCUUCUUUUUGGGGGCCUCUUCGUUUUGGGUCUCUUCGGUCUCAAGUCAAUCUUAGCCCAAGGUGAAGUCCCGUAUAACGAAACCCUCCAAUAACAAACAAUUUUUUUCGCUCUCUUGCGAUUCGUUUAGGCAAAGUUUUUCUUGCGAUUUACUACAACUUUUUCCAGGCCAUUCUCGGAGGAAAAUGUGUGGAUACCAACGAGACCAUUGGUGCCAAUAUGACGGAUAAAAUCCGAAAUUACAUCAGCGCUGCAGGUGUUCAACAAGGCGUGGAAGCGUGUGAUUUGGCUAAAGAUCUAGUGCCGGUUUGCAACGCAAAUAAUGGACUUUACUGUGGAAGUGAUUACAUAAGUGAUCUAAAUGCCGAGUAAGUUGAAAAUGCGAAGAAAAAAGUGGUUUCUAAACGACGGAAAGGCACUAAGUGCGAUACUCAGAUUUUUUUCAAAUUUUGCACAUAUUUCGGGGAUAGGGUAGAUAUCAAUUACCGAAAAUUUUCGCUCACGCUUUGCAGAGAGAGCUGAGAUAUUUAACGAUAUUUGCGGCCGAGAGAGCACGCGAAAUGAGGAGAGCGGUCAGAAAAAACACCUUUUGGCCAUAUCUUUGCCAGUUUCGUGCGGAAAAAAUUGAUUUUUUGUGGAAAUAUUACUCUCCUUGGUAGAAAUAGGUAUGCAACUUUUGAAGCCAAAAUUUUGAAAAAAUUUUUUAAUUUUUUCUAAAUUUUGAGCUAAAAAUCUCGAUUGUUUCUGCAAAACGCGAGCUGGAAGUCCUGCAUAUGUUUUAGAAAAAAAUAUUCUAAAUUUGUGCCAAGUUUCAUCAAAAUCCGAGUGUCGCACUUGGAGUACUCGCUCAAGUUUCGAGAGAGAAAAACUUGACCCAUGAGGGUCAGACUUGACACCAUCCGGCUGUGAGAUGCAAAGGGCGAGCUGAAUUUUUUUGAAAUUAAUGUAAAGUAAAGUACUUACACAGUAAAAAAAAUUUUUUGCGAUUUUUUCAGCUCAGGCUACGAAGCGUCUAAAAAGGCAUAUGCAAUUGAAUCCAAGUCCGAUGAGUUUUUGGGGAACGCGACUUCUUGCAACGGCGAUCCUGCCUUGUUUUCGGGAGCCACGAACAUCACUGUAAGUGCACGAAAAAUUUUUUUCAAUCUUUUUCAGUUCCAAUCCCUCAAUCAUCGCGCUGUUGUUUGGUUUUUGGGCGAGCUGAUCUACAAUGUCAGCCAAGGACUCCCAUUGACGGAUUUACGCAAAGUCGAGGCCAAAACUUUUGCGGACGAGAAACGAUUGUCGGAUAAGGACAUUGGCAUCGAUGAUGAUGACGACGUUAUCACAACUACUCCGUCAAGUUCACAAUUGAUUUUCCCACAACAGAGUGUCUUGCUGUCUCUUGCUGUUUAUUCGAUUGUCACUGUGUUUUGGGAAAAGUAA